CCAGCAACUAAUAGAAACCUUUCCGUACAUAUACAUACAUUAUAUAGAAACGAUAAAGCUCACAUUAUCGUAUCAGUCAUCGGCUCGCGAUGAGCACACAAACAAAGUGCCAGACGAGAUAAGGUCUCUCUCGCUCUUUCUCACACAAGAAUCUGCCGGAGCUGCUCUGCGCGUAUCAGUGUAAUACCGCAAGUGUAUACGAGAAACGGGGGAAAAGAGGACGGUCACAUCACUCUGCCCAUUUCUAUCAUCGUCGCUGUGCCGAGCGUAUUCGGUAGUGCCCCGUGAUCUCUCGAGAGUAGAUCAGCGCAGCCAGUGGCAUACGCAUCGCGCAUCUAACAUUUUCGCCAGUGCAACAAUAACGGGAGCAUAAAGAAGAGGAGAAGUGCGCGGAAGGAAGAGAGGUUGGAAAGUUCAAGCGUGCGCCGUUACAUUGGGCAUAUUACACACGGACUACACGGCUGUGCGUUUGUGUGCAAAUCUCCCUCCGCAGUCCGCGACGUCGUAUAUAUAGGUAUCAACUGCUCGUCGUCGCUAUGGCCGGUCCCCUCCAGUUCUGCUGUCGGUCUGGCUUAGCGGGUCUCGCUCGAAGCGCACCUCGACUACACUUGCCAGCUCGAAGUGCCAUUGUCGCUUCGUCGUCCUUCUCGUCCGGACGUUUCAACUUGGCCGAAGAAGCUUCUCUUUGCCAGUCGGCCGCUCCCACUUUCCUAGACGUCAGGUGCUUCAGCGCGUCUUCUGCUACCAUGGCUGCUAAAAUCAAGGCCGGACCCGUGGUCGACAUCCUCGGCGACGAGAUGACCAGGAUAAUCUGGGACCUGAUCAAGCAGAAGCUGAUCCUGCCGUACCUGGACAUCGAGCUGCACACCUACGACCUCGGCAUGGAGAACCGCGACGCGACCGACGACAAGGUGACCGUCGACUGCGCCGAGGCCAUCAAGAAGUACAACGUCGGCAUCAAGUGCGCGACCAUCACCCCCGACGAGAAGCGCGUCGAGGAGUUCAAGCUGAAGAAGAUGUGGAAGUCGCCGAACGGCACCAUCCGUAACAUCCUCGGCGGCACCGUCUUCCGCGAGGCCAUCAUCUGCAAGAACAUCCCCCGGCUGGUCGGCGGCUGGGAGAAGCCCAUCAUCAUCGGCCGUCACGCCCACGCCGACCAGUACAAGGCCGUGGACUUUGUCGUCCCGGGGCCGGGCAAGCUCGAGCUCACCUGGACCAGUCCGUCCGGCGAGAAGAUCCAGCACACGGUGAACGAGUUCAAGGGCGCCGGCAUCGCCCAGGCCCAGUUCAACACCGACGAGAGCAUCCAAGCCUUCGCCCACAGCUCGUUCAAGUACGCCCUCGCCAGGAAGUACCCGCUCUACCUCUCCACCAAGAACACCAUCCUCAAGCAGUACGACGGCCGCUUCAAGAACAUCUUCCAGGAGAUCUACGAGAAGGAGUACAAGUCGCAGUUCGAGGCGCUGAACAUCUGGUACGAGCACAGGCUCAUCGACGACAUGGUCGCCUACUGCAUGAAGUCCAACGGCGGCUACGUCUGGGCCUGCAAGAACUACGACGGCGACGUGCAGUCCGACUCGGUCGCCCAGGGCUUCGGCUCCCUCGGCCUCAUGACCUCGGUGCUGCUCUGCCCCGACGGCAAGACCGUCGAGGCCGAGGCGGCCCACGGCACCGUCACCCGCCACUACCGCAUGCACCAGCAGGGCAAGGAGACCUCGACCAACCCCAUCGCCUCGAUCUUCGCCUGGACCCAGGGCCUGCUGCACCGAGCCAAGCUCGACAACAACGCGCCCCUCAAGAAGUUCGCCGAGACCCUGGAGAAGGUCUGCGUCAGCACCAUCGAGUCCGGCUUCAUGACCAAGGACCUGGCGCUCUGCAUCAAGAAGGCCGACGACGUCAAGAGGAGCGACUACCUCAACACCUUCGAGUUCCUCGACAAGCUCGCCGAGAACCUGAAGAAGAGCCUCGACGCGUGACUUUUCAAACUCGAGGGUGCAGAGCACGUCUUGUUGCGGGCCAAGUACUGAGGCGAGGCUGCCGCUGAACGAUGCUCGGUGAAAGGGAGAGCUAGCUCUAAUGCGACGAAUAGGCGAUUAACUUGUCAAUCGGCGUUGCGCCAAGGAGAACAGAUAAAAACGCAGCCUUGAACCAUCCGCCGCACAUACUUACAUGUGAUGAAUACGAAGAAUUUCAGUGCAUUUAUACGCAAUAUAAAUAUGUUCUACAUGCUUUAUUUUUCCUGUAGAAUUUAUAAUACGAAAUUUUUUAACAUAAAAUUUUCUUUUCCAAUUUUUAAA